GCGUGUGGCGUCGUGGGGCGGGGCCUCGGGCGGCGGGAAGAGGCCGCGGGAGAAUGGACGUGGGGGACUCCGGCGGUGGCGCAGACGAAUGCGGGGCCCAGGAUCCUGCCCCGGCCCCCAGCAAGGCCCCGGGCAGCGCUGGCCACUACGAACUGCCGUGGGUUGAAAAAUACAGACCAGUAAAGUUGAAUGAAAUUGUUGGGAAUGAAGACACCGUGAGCAGGCUGGAGGUCUUUGCACGAGAAGGGAACGUGCCCAACAUCAUCAUUGCUGGCCCACCAGGAACGGGCAAGACUACGAGCAUCCUGUGUUUGGCACGAGCCCUGCUGGGCCCAGCCCUCAAGGAUGCUGUUCUGGAGCUCAAUGCCUCAAAUGACAGGGGGAUUGACGUGGUGAGGAACAAAAUCAAAAUGUUUGCCCAGCAGAAGGUCACCCUUCCCAAAGGGCGACACAAGAUCAUCAUCCUGGAUGAAGCGGACAGCAUGACUGAUGGAGCCCAGCAGGCCUUGAGGAGAACCAUGGAAAUCUACUCCAAAACGACCCGAUUUGCUCUUGCCUGUAAUGCUUCGGAUAAAAUCAUAGAGCCCAUCCAGUCCCGGUGUGCCGUCCUCCGCUACACCAAGCUGACCGACGCCCAGAUUCUUGCCAGGCUGCUGAACGUCAUCGAGAAGGAGAAAGUGCCGUACACGGAUGACGGCCUGGAAGCCAUCAUCUUCACCGCCCAGGGCGACAUGAGGCAGGCCUUGAACAACUUGCAGUCUACUUUCUCGGGAUUUGGCUUCAUCAACAGUGAGAAUGUGUUCAAGGUCUGUGACGAGCCCCACCCCUUGCUGGUGAAGGAGAUGAUCCAGCACUGCGUGAGCGCCAACAUCGACGAGGCCUACAAGAUCCUCGCUCACCUGUGGCAUCUUGGCUAUUCCCCGGAAGACAUCAUUGGCAACAUUUUUCGAGUGUGUAAAACCUUCCAGAUGGCAGAAUACUUGAAACUGGAGUUUAUUAAGGAAAUCGGAUACACUCAUAUGAAAGUAGCAGAAGGCGUGAACUCCCUUUUGCAGAUGGCAGGGCUCCUGGCCAGGCUGUGUCAGAAGACAGUGGCCCCGGUGGCCAGUUAGAGCAGAGAACCAGCUGACGGGCUUGCAGGAGGAGCUUUUGCCGCUGAGAGGCCGGACUCACAGCCUUCCGAUUGAGAAAAAGUAUUGCGGGGGACCAGCCCUGGCGUAUGGCCUCCUGGCCUUCACCUUGCUUCCAGCUAAGCCCCACUGCUCCGUGCGCGUCUCUCUCAGCCUCAUGCUGUAGUGACCACGUGGAAAGGCCCCGAGACCCUCCAGGGCACAGCUCCUGAUCCGUGGGUAUGUUGGCAUUUUACUAAUAAAACUGUCCAGUUUUGCCGGCAGUAACAUGGCAGUGCCAGGCUACAAGGAAAGCCA